AUAAAGGACAGCACCUAGAUCACAUAAUACACAAGGUGUACUCGUUCUUUUGAACACAGGCUUCGUUGGUCAAGACAGGGAAGUAUGGAAACGACGACCGUACUCUUUUUCUUAUUUAGUUUAGCUUGCCUUCAUGUCCAAAGUGUACGGAGUUCUGUCGGCACAUCGGAGGUCAGCUGUACACACGGAAGUGACAGCACUGUAGGGAGUGUCCAGGAGGGAUAUGAAGGAGAUGUAGAGAUUUUAAAUAAUAUCCAGCCUGAGGAUCGCCUCAUCCUGGAGGCACUAUACUUUCCCAUUGGUGUGACGUACCUGACACUGGUUUACUCUGAUGGAGACUCAACUGCAACCGUACGCACCACCAAACCACUGGAUGCUGAAAUGCUAUCGGAGUCAGGGGGAGAUUUGUUGUAUUCAGUCACCUGCACAGACGGAAUAAAGAUACAAAACACACGCAAACUGACAGUUCUGGAUAUCAACGACAAUGCACCGAUUUUUCAGAGCAAAACAUACACUGCCACAGUCUCAGAGGCGCAGUCCGUGGGUUCAUCUGUGCUCCGGGUACAAGCUGAUGAUGCUGAUGUCUCUCCAAAUAACAACAUUGUAACAUAUUCCAUAUUGCAACCAGCACCAACUGAAUUUAGGGUGGGAAACGAUGGGACCAUUAUGUUGAUAGAACAUCUAAACUUCAAUGUCUUUGACAUGUACACCUUCACCGUGGAAGCCAAAGAUCCAGGAGGGGAGAGGGACACUGCAAUAGUUACAAUAACAGUCAAAGAUUAUGACAACCUAAACCCUUAUUUUGAUCAAAGUCUCUACAAAGCAUCCAUAGAGGAAAAUCAGGUAGGGCACUUUUCAGCUGUCAUUCCCGAGGACAUAAAAGCCCAAGAUGGAGACAAAGGCAUUAAUGAGCCUGUACUUUAUAGCAUACAAGCAGUCAUUCCACAGAAAUAUCAGGCCAACUUUGAAAUCAACCCUAACAGUGGUGUCAUCUCUGUGACAACAUCACUGGACAGAGAGGAAAUUGAUCAGAUAACUGUUUACAUACAGGCAGCUCAGCAGAACGAUGGCAGUAAGACAGCUAACGCUGUGGUAUCUGUCACUGUACUGGAUGUGGACGACAACCCACCAAAAUUUGAGCAGGAUCAAUAUACAGCCAACAUUCCAGAAAAUUCUCCAAAGGAUCAAGUUGUGUUUCAAACAAGAGUCACGGAUCCAGAUACGGGUGGGUUUGAAGGCACUUUCCAUAUUAUUCCAGACUCCGUCCCGUUUUAUAUCAGCACUGAUGGAAUUGUUCUGGUUAAGAGUUCUGUAGAGCUGGACAGAGAAACCACAAACAGUUUUACUUUUCAAGUUGAAGCACGCGACAAACCUCCUUCCACCAACACAGCGAGAGCCGACGUAAACAUCAUUGUCCUGGAUGAGAAUGACAACAGUCCGCAGUUUACUACGCCCAAAUAUGAGGGCAAAGUUUACAGCAAUCAGACUAUUGGAAUGCUGGUUGCCAAGGUUGAGGCGACAGACCUGGAUGAAGGUCCAAAUGGACAAAUCAGCUAUGCCAUUGAAUUUGGAAACGAGGAAGGUUUUUUUGGCAUUGAUUUGAACAUUGGGGAAAUCAAACUGGAUAAAACAAUUCCACUGAUGGAAAACAAAAUCCUUGAGUUUGCACUGUAUGUGACUGCAAAAGAUGGGGGCGCGGUAAGCAGAUCAACAUCUGCGCUCGUACAUAUCAAGGCACCCGGAGAUUCCCAUCCUCAGUUCCUUCAGAAGACGUAUGAGGGCCAGGUAGAAGAAGAACAGUCAGGGGCAAACAUCGUAAAGGUGGAUUUCCUGUCCAUUGACCCGGUUGUUCCUGUGAUCUUAACGGUUGAUAGCGAAGCUGACAAGUUCUCCAUAGACAAGGACACGGGAGUUCUUUCGACCAAAGUCAAACUAGACUAUGAGGUGAAGAGCAGCUACACUGUCCAGCUGUCUAUAUCGGAUGGAACCAACAGGGAUGAGGCAUCGGUUCUGGUCAACGUCUUGGACAUCAACGACAACAGUCCAGUGUUUAAACCGAACCCCGCACCGGUUACAAUAGCAGAAGAUCUUGUGAUAGGAGAUAACGUAACAUCCGUCCAAGCCACAGACGCAGACGAAGGACUGAACGGUGAAGUGAGGUACACUCUUCUGGGAGGUGCCGGAAGAUUUAGCAUCCACCAGGAAACAGGAGUGAUAACUGUGGCGGCUCCUCUUGACAGAGAGGACCAGGAUGAGUACAGCUUAGAGAUCACCGCCCAAGACCAGGGUCGUCCAUCGAGCUCCACAACCACCACUUUGACUGUCUCGAUAACCGACAUCAACGACAACGCUCCCGUAUUCUCCAAGCAACAGUAUGAGGCCACGGUGUCCGAGCAUGCGGCGGUGGGUACGGACGUGGUGGACGUAACUGCCGACGACAAAGACGAGGGUCAAAAUGCCGUUGUGACCUAUCAAAUCAUCAAACAGGAGCCUGCCUCCACAUCACCCGUCUUUACCAUAGACUCUGCGAGUGGUUCUAUACGUGUUGCCGAGAAGCUGGAUUAUGGCAAAGCGAAGAGGUAUACCCUACAGGUGGAGGGACAAGAUGGAGGAACACCCGUACUUACCGGAAGUGCAGUCGUCAUUGUGUGGGUAGAGGACGUGAAUGAUAAAGCCCCCAAGUUCAGCAUGGACCAGUACGAUGUGGAGGUCUAUGAGAAUCUGGCAAGCGGUGCCGCUCUGGUUUCAUUGGAGGUUACAGAUGAAGAUGAGGGUGGGUUUACUAAGGGUCACUUCCUCUUGGAUAUCGAUACUUUCACAAUCAACAGUCAAGGUAUAGUACUGCUCGGGAACAAUGCCAUGCUGGAUAGAGAAACUAAGGACAGUUAUACACUACAGGUAAUAGCAGUAGAUCAACCCGUCGAUGGUCUGAGCGCCACGGCUCAGGUCAACAUCAAAGUUCUGGACGUAAACGACAACAACCCAGAAUUCCUUCCUCUCCCAGAGCGCACUGAGAUCAGGGAAGGUACGUAUUCGUCUUCAUCGCCCGCAGAAGUGUGUGUCGUCGCAGCCAUAGACUCGGACAUUGGAGACAACGGACGGGUCACCAUCUCUACCACCAGCGACCUGUUUAGUUUCAAAGAGGAUGGAACUCUAUUAGCUGUUGGGGAGAUCGAUCGAGAGACACAGGACGUGUAUGACCUGAUCAUUAUUGCAAGGGAUCAUGGGAUACCACAAGGACAUAACAUCACCACAUUGAGGGUCAAGGUCACAGAUGUCAAUGACAACCCUCCUGUCUUCAGCUCUAAAACCUACAGCAAAAGCAUUCUGGUUAAAAACGCCAAAGUUGGAGACGUGCUGUUGACGCUCGUAGCUACAGAUAAAGACGCUGGAGACAACUCGCUCAUAUCCUUCAGCUUCUCCGAAGGAUCUUCAAUGGUCUCGCUGGAUGCCAAAACAGGAGAGAUCACAUUGACCUCUGACCCCAGCGAGCUCAUAGAGGACACUUUGCUCAACCUCACCGCUCGUGCGACGGAUCACGGAACGCCGCCGGAAUCGGCUACAGCUGAAGUUUUGAUCUACUUCAAAAUGACGUCAGUGACCGACGGCCUGGAUUUUGCGAGCUCCUACAACUUUUUGGUUAAAGAGAACGAACCUGCGGCCACUAAAGUGGGCGUGGUCAAGGCGGUCACAGGAAGUUCGGAGGUUACGGUAAGAUACAGUAUGAUGUCGCAUGAAGACGUCUUCUCGGUGGACGCGGACGGGACCAUCAAAGCUCUGGUGCCGCUGGACAAGGAGAAAGAGGAGUGGUACAUGCUUAGAGUACAAGCUACAGACUCCAGAAGUCCCCGGAAUACUGCAGAAACCACGGUCAGAGUUCAGGUGGAGGACGUGAACGAAGCGCCCGUGUUUGGUGCCGGAAUGUACGAGGCAGAAAUAUUCACCAUCUCUCCUUACAAAUCCCACAUAGUGAAAGUUCAGGCAUCUGACCCUGACGUCGGUGAAAGUUCAGAUCUGCAGUACUCCCUCCAGGAUCCCACCACACUGUUGGAGGUGGACAGUAUCACCGGUCAACUCUAUGUGCUGGAUGCGUCCAGUUUUGGAGGGUCUCACGACAGUUAUACGGUUAAAGCCACAGAUAAACAUGGACUGUCUGCGACUACAACAGUAUGGGUAAAGGUUAAAGACACAGCAACUGGCAGCGUGGUGGUGAUCUCUCUUAACCAGCCCGUCUUUACCGUGGAGAAAAAAACUGAAGAGAUUCAAGAAUCUCUGAAGAAAGCUCUCGGCUGGACUGUGAAGGUUCUCGGUGUAGCAGCUGAGAGUGAAAUUAAGAUGCCAUUCAGUCUCAGAGAUUCAAGCAUCAAAACAUUCGUCAGCUUUAUCGCCAUUGAGGGCGAUGGUACUGUCGUCCCUGCCAAGGAUGUCAAAGAGAAGCUAAAGAGGGAAGAGGCCGCUGUCACAGCAGAACUGGAGAAGGUGUUUGGUAAUGGUGUGGAUGUGGAGGUAGAGGAAGGUACUGGAGGAGGUACUGGAGGAGGUACUGGAGGAGGUACUGGAGGAGGUUCUGGAGAGGGUUCUGGAGAUUCCAAUGAUGUUGUUGUCAUUGCCCUCGGCGCUGUCCUGGGAGUCUCUCUUGUGGCACUUAUAGUGCUGGCGACCGUCUUUGGGAUUAAAUCUAGAAAAAUGAAGGACACAGAUUCAGAGAAAGAGACCUUCAAUUUCAGCAAACACGACCAAUUAAACGAGAGACCCUUCCACUCCGACGCCUUUAACCCAUACACAAGAAACUCAGUUUUAGAUACCAAAGAGGAGCAGGUUCAUCCCAGACGAGAAAACCAAAACAAUGAUGGAAACGAGAGCAUCACCUCCUCCCUUUGAAAACACCCUGCUGUUUCAAAACUUGUCAACAGCUGUCAAUAACAUAAUAGACAUCAUGUUUCUUUAACACAAAUCAGAUCUUUGUUUUAUCAUUUUUAUUACCUGUAAGCGCUUCACACCAUCUAUUCAGCUACUGUAUUUUCUUGCAACCUGAUAUCCAAAUGUAUACAUCCCCAGGCGCUUGGAUAUCCAACAAGCUUUAUUUCAAUGAACAAUAAGCUUUUGCACUUUAACGUUCUCGACUACACUUGUGUAUCAGCGAGCAAAUUUGUCUUUGAAAAUGUAAAUAGCCGUGAGAAUAAUUAUAUUCUAAAAAAGCCAUUUGUGUGCAUGUCUAAUGGAUUAUUCAGAUUGUCACCUUAACGUUUAAUCUGAUGAUGCCAUAAAACACUAAAGCUGGUCUACUUAAAUUCUACUAUUAUGAAUUAUAAGCUUAUGCCGAAUUUAUGCAACCAAAGACACUACAUGCUGUAUUUUACAUUGCACUUUUUUUUCUAAUGUGACGAUCAGAAAUAUUAGGCACAAAUGUUUUUUGUAAUUUACUUUGAUUCAUUAAACGUUAAUU